AUGGCUUGGUGCCGCGGUUUCCAGGGCAAACGUCAGAGAAGACAGGCGGCUGUAAGCCGCGAGUUGCAGGACAUUACAUUGUUGGAAACCAUCCUAAUUUACUGUGAUGCUACUGCAUAUACUAGGUUAGCAACCCCGCGUGACACUCAGAUUGUGCGGAGCAGUGCAGCUUCACAUCCCCAACUUACUGAGGCCUUAUGA